UUCAGUUUACUGUUGUGGGUUCGUCCAAAAACAACCCUAUCUAGUUUUGUUGUUGUUGGAUUUUAACAAAUCAACAGGACAAAUAUUUCUAUAUAAGUGUGUGAGCGAGUGUGUGUGUGCGGUUUUUUUCAAUAAAAUAAAUAGAACAAAAAUGAAAUCUAUGCUUAUUUUUGGGCUUCUAGCCCUGUGUGUUCUCGCACAUGCCGAGGAUGCCAAGAAGGAAGAAGAAGCUAAAGCCAUUGAACCUCAACCCGCCGCCUCAGAUGCUAAAGCUGCUGAGAGUACUGUAGAGAAGAAACAAGAGAAACGUGGUAUUUUACACGGUGUCGGACAUGGUUAUGCUCCCGCCGGCUAUGGUCAUUCGGGUCAUGGUGGACUACUAGUAAGUGGUGGUCAUGGCGGUGUUUAUGGUGGCGGUUAUGGUGGUGGUUAUGGUGGUGGCGCUGUUGUUGUUGGUGGUGGUGGUGGCGGUUUUGGUGUUACCGGUGGUGCUGCCAUUGCCGAAAGCAUACCAACUAAUGUACAAGUUAAUACUGUUGUACGUAAUGUUGCUGUACCCUAUCAGGUAGAUCGUCAUGUACCAUAUCCCGUUGAGAGAACCGUUACCUAUCCCGUUAAGGUUCCUGUACCACAACCCUACCCAGUUGAAAAGGUUGUCAGCUAUCCCGUUAAGGAAAUUGUUAAAGUACCCGUUCAUGUACCACAACCCUAUCCCGUUGAAAAGACUGUUCAUGUUCAAGUGCCUGUACAUGUUGACCGCCCUGUACCCGUCAAAGUACCCGUUCCAGCUCCUUAUCCAGUUGAAAAGGUUGUACAUGUACCCGUUAAAGUACCAGUACCUCAACCCUACCCUGUAGAAAAGGUUGUUCAAGUUCCAGUUAAAGUACCCGUUCAUGUACCCCAACCCUACCCUGUUGAAAAGAUUGUUCAGGUGCCCGUUAAAGUACCCGUAGAUCGUCCUUAUCCCGUUCAUGUUGUUAAGCCCUACCCAGUGCCAGUUGAAAAACCAGUACCUUAUACAGUAGAAAAGAAAGUCAGCGUACCAGUACAUGUACCCGUUGAUCAUCCAGUGCCUUAUCCAGUUGAUCGUCCAGUAGCUUACCCCGUCAAAGUGCCAGUACCUAAGCCAUACCCCGUUGUCAAGGAAAUUCCUUAUCCCGUCGAACGCCAGGUACCAUACCCCGUUAAGGUUGCCGUCGAUCGCCCCUACGCCGUGCCAGUAGAACAACAUGUACCCGUCGCUGUUGAAAAACACGUACCCUAUAAGGUACCCGUUGCUGUACCCGUACAUGUCGAGAGCCAUGUAGCCCCUGUGUCGCAUGGUGUCGUUGUAAGCGGUGGUGGCGGUCAUGGUGGUUAUGGUUAUGGCCACGGUGGCGGCUACGGUCAUGGCCAUGGUUAUUUACACAAAAAGAAAUAGAUAAUUUCCAAAUAUUAAGCAAACAAAAAAAAAUACCAAGAAAAAUCUCUUUUAAACAAGAAACCCAUGAGGGCGUGUAUUUAGAAUCUAAAACGGCCUGAUUUCUUUUUAAACAAAAA